AUGGGGAAUCAGAGGGGGUUGGGGCUUCAUAUCAUUUCGGUUACUAUUUUCUUGGUUGCCACUACAUCUACUUGUUUGGGUGUUCAAACUACCAGUGAAGGUUGCUUUGAGCAUGAGCGUCUUGCUCUUCUGAAGUUCAAACGCAGUUUCAAAGACGACCUUGAACUGUUAUCAUCAUGGGUUGUCAAUGAUUGUUGCCGGUGGGAAACAAUCCACUGUGACAGCGUCACUGGACAUGUUGAUAGCCUUUUUCUUAGAGGGAUGUCAUCUUCUUUUCCUCCCAACCAGUACUACUUAGAUCCUGAAUGCGACUUCUUAGACGGUAAUGAGCUAAAAUAUUCUUUGGCAGAUUUGAGGCAUUUGAAAUACUUGGACCUGAGUGGUAAUUAUUUUGGAAGAAGCCGGAUCCCAAAGUUCAUUGGAUCCUUCAAACAGUUGGUCUACCUCAAUCUUUCGCAUGCUGGUUUUGAAGGUAUUAUUCCUCAUCACUUUGGAAAUCUUUCUAAUCUAAAGGUUCACGAUCUCAGUUCAAAUUAUGGGCUGGUGGUAGAUGAUAUGGCAUGGACUUAUGGCCUUUCUUCACUCGAGCAUCUCGACUUGAGUUCAUUGUAUCUUAGUGGAGCACACAACUUGCACAUGGUGUUUUUCAUGAUUCCUUCAUUAAAAGGGUUAAGUUUGUCAUAUUGUGGACUUUCCAAUGUUGAUCUCGAUCCUCUUCUGAAUUCGAGUAGAAUGAUUCCCAACAUCAAACACUUGGAUCUUGGCUUUAAUAACUUUGAAGGUCCACUCCCUGCCUUUUUCAAAAAUAUGACAUCCCUAGCAUUCUUGGAUCUUUCAAACUUUAAUCUUAGUUUGGCAUGGAACUUUGCAAACUUGCUAAACAUGAUCCCUUCUUUAUCAAAGCUGUAUUUGUCAAGUUGUGGGCUCGAUAAGACAUUUCUCUCUCCUCUUCAUCUUAAUUUCAGUAUACUUUCUAAUAUUCAACAUCUGGAUCUUAGCAAAAAUUCAAUUGAAGGCACAUUUCCAUCUGUUUUAACAAACAUGAGUUGCGUAAGUGUCCUUGACCAUUCAGGAGACAAAUUGAAUUCAUUGGUUCCUUCUAUGCCUAAUCUUCUAGAGCUUGAACUUUCUUCUAACAAGUUUAAGAAGAUUGAGCAGAUAGGAAUUUGGAGACUGUGUCGCCUGAAAAGAUUGAGUGCAUCAUUCAAUAAUUUUGAUAAAGAAAUGAGUCACACCCCCACAAACACUUCAGAAUGCUCUCAAUAUGCUUUGGAGGAGUUGCAUUUAAGUUUUGGUUUAAAUGGCACAAUCCCGGAUUCAUUUCGAAGGCUAGUGAAUUUAAGAAACUUACAUCAAUCAAGCAAUGGAUUGACUGGGUCAAUGCCUUAUUUGCUAAGAAAGUUAAGAUUUUUAGAAGUAUUAGAUAUAUCCAAUAACAAGUUAACCGGUCCAAUUUCGGCAUUCCAUGGGAAACUUUCCAAACUUGACCUUUCUUUUAAUCAGUUGAACGAUUCAAUUCCAGACUCCCUUGGAAAACUAGCAUCCUUAACAGAUUUGUAUAUAAGAAACAAUCGAUUAACAGGGCCCAUCCCAGCAUCUCUGGGGAGACUUAUUUCAUUACAAUCACUUUCGAUGAGUAGGAAUUUUCUAAAUGGGACUAUUCCAGUUUCAAUGGGGAAACUUGCCAAAUUCCAUUCUCUAGAUGUCUGUGGAAAUGUUCUAGGAGUCAUUUUUGAAGCCCAUUUUGCCAACCUUUCAAAGUUGAAAUACUUGGAUACUACUUCUAAUACUAAGCUGACAUUAAACAUAUCACCAGAGUGGAUACCUCCAUUCAAAUUGAUAGGUCUUCACCUUAGUUCUUGCAAUAUUGCAAAUGGAUUUCCACAGUGGCUUCGAAAUCAAAGAAAACUCAAGACAUUAGUGUUGUCCAAUGCUACAAUUUCAGGACCUCUACCCACAUGGUUGCGGAAGACGCCAAUCAUUCCCCUCUUAGAUCUCUCCCACAAUAAACUCAAUGGUCCUUUGACAAAUCUUCCUAAUGGAGGAAAUCAUGAUUUGACCGGGGAUGGAGUUACUGCGGUAUUACAUCUGCAAAAUAACUUUUUUAAUGGUUUGAUUCCAAGGUCUUUGUGCACAAGGAAAGAUUUAAACUAUCUUGAUCUUUCUAGAAAUAUGCUAACUGGGAAAAUUCCGGAAUGUCUUGAGAAUAUGCAAGGGCUGCGUACCAUGAAAUUUAGCUCAAAUCGGUUGUCUGGUGUCAUUCCAAGCUCCAUAGGUCUUAAUUCAAGGUUAAAUUGGUUAGAUCUAAAUGACAAUAAUUUUACUGGUGAGCUUCCACACGAAUUGGGGAAUUUAACCAAGUUAAAUGUCUUGGAUCUGGGUGAUAAUAAUUUUUCUGGAAAUAUUCCCGAUUGGAUUGGAGAAAACCUCACAUCUUUAAUGGUUUUAAGGUUACACAAAAAUAAUUUCUCCGGAGGAAUUCCUCGAUCAUUGUGCAAAACUGCAAAUCUACAAAUUUUGGAUGUUACUGGUAACAACUUAACCGGAACAAUUCCUAAAUGUCUUGGACAGUUGAAUGCUAUGAUUAACAGUAGCAGAGUAGCAUUGCACAGACAAGAGAUAAACAUUGAUGAGAAUGUGAUUCAGAUUUUGAAAGGUCCGGAUCAUGAAUAUACACAUACUUGGGAUAUAAUUUUUAACAUGGACCUCUCAAACAAUAAACUUGUCGGAGAAAUACCUGUGGAGCUAACUGCGCUAAAGAUGUUGGUGGGACUUAAUUUGUCUUAUAAUCAUCUCAGUGGGAGUAUUCCAGACAGCAUCGGAAACAUGUCAAAGAACGAAGACCUAUGUGGAGCUCCAUUGCCAAAGAAUUGCUCCAAUCAUGAAGAUUCAACGACAACAAUCAAGAACAGACAUGAAGAAAGUGAUGGGCAGACCAAGGUGUGGUUUUACGUGGAUGUAAUGAGUGGUUUUGCAACAGGGUUUUGGGGUGUUAUUGGAGUUUUGUUGUUCAAGAAGCAAUGGAGAUGGAAGCUUUUCAGGCUUGCUGAUGAAACCAUGGACAAGAUAUACGUUGUAGUUAUGGUCAGAGUUGCCAAGAUGAAGAGAGGAAGAGAAACCAUAUAG